UUGAGUCUAUUGUUGCUCCCGGAGUCCUUUGCGGCUGACAGCGAGGACUAUAUUUCCCAGUAACCUCAGCAGCACCACCAGCCGGAAGCAGCGGGCGAGUUUGUCCUUCCGUGAGGAGUAAAGCGAGAGACUGACCAUGGUUGCUCGAGUGUGGUCGUUAAUGAGGUUCCUCAUCAAGGGAAGUGUAGCGGGAGGAGCAGUCUACCUUGUUUAUGACCAGGAGCUGUUGGGGCCUAGUGACAAGAGUGAGGCUGCCCUGCGGAAGGCUGAGGAGGUGGUGCCACCAGCCAUGUACCAGUUCAGCCAGUACGUGUGCCAGCAGACGGGUCUGGAGAUGCCACAGCUCCCAGCUCCUCCAAAGAUUAACUUUCCGAACUUUCGUGACUCCUGGAACUCAGGUGUCAUCUCAGUCAUGGCAGCUUUGUCCGUCGCACCCUCCAAGGCCCGAGACUACUCCAGGGAAGGUUGGGAAUACGUGAAAGAACGCAGCAAAUAAAGAAUGCCACCUGGCCCAGUAUUACGGGGAGGCAAGACCCAGAUGCCGCAGACUUGCCCAGAGUGGGGACGCCCCUGAGGGCAGCUCCCAGUGUUGCUGGCCCAAUAAAGGACUUGGGAAUGGUU